AUGGGCGGCCCACACCGCUUUGACUACGUACAUAUCAGGCGGGGAGACAAGCUGAACGCCACACGCUGGCCUCACUUGGACCAUGACACCCGGCCCGAAGCCCUCCUACAGAAGCUCCCAUCGCUCGUCCCACCAAACAGCACUCUCUACAUCGCAACCAACGAAGCAGACCCCCACUUCUUCGAUCCCCUCAAAACCGCAUACACCGUGCACAGCCUAGCGGAUUUUGCAUCUCUCUGGGCCGAAGGGUCCCCGUGGGAAGGAGAGAUGAGGGAGGUUGCGGCAUCGGUGGGUGUGGCGGUGGGGGAGAGAGUGGAGUUUGACAGUGAGAUGCAAGUUCUGGUGGAUUAUGCUUUGAAAAAGGUUGCGAGGCGGACAGUGGAGACGUUCAACGACCUCACGGAUGAUCCCAAGGACGGUGAGAUGCGGUGGGGAGCGGUGGUAUGCGUGGGGAGGCAGUGGGAUGCAGUGGAGAGUGUGGAGACGUUCAACGACCUCACGGAUGAUCCCAAGGACGGUGAGAUGCGGGUGCUGGUGGAUUAUGCUAUCAAGAAGGUUGCGAGGCGGACGGUUGAGACGUUUGACGACCUGACUGAUGAUCCCAAGGACGGUGAGAUGCGGUGCGGAAGGGUGGGGAGUGGUGAGGUGCGAUGGAGAGUGGUGGAGAGGUGGUUGAAUGCGGUGGGAAGCGGUGGGAGGGUGGAUGGGGGAGUUUGA